CCGGCCUGUCACUGUCACCUGGCUGGGGUCCCGGUGUCCCUCCCCGUGCCCUUCAAGGCUCCCUGCCCUCUCCGGGCUGCCGCUCGGCCGGCGUUCCCGCUGUGCCCGGCUCCCGCUCCCGACGCCGCACGUCUGUCCCGCUCGCUCGGGUAACUCAUUCCACUUUGGGGUCUUUUUAAUUCUACGGAAAGACUUCAAAUCCUCCGGCAGCCAAAAUGGAACACAGUAGACAGAUUCGAAUUUUACUAAUGAACGAAAUGGAAAAGCUAGAGAAGACCCUCUUCAGACUUGAACAAGGGUUUGAACUACAGUUCCGAUUAGGCCCGACUUUACAGGGGAAAGCUGUUACUGUGUAUACAAAUUACCCAUUUCCUGGAGAACCAUUUAAUCGAGAAAAAUUCCGCUCGUUGGAUUGGGAAAACCCAACAGAAAGAGAAGAUGAUUCCGAUAAAUACUGUAAACUUCACCUGCUCCAGUCUGGAUCUUUUCAGUACUACUUUCUUCAAGGAAAUGAGAAAAGUGGAGGAGGUUACAUAGUCGUGGAUCCUGUUUUACGUGUUGGAGCUGAUAAUCACGUGUUACCCUUGGACUGUGUUACUCUCCAGACAUUUUUAGCGAAGUGUUUAGGACCCUUUGAUGAGUGGGAAAGCAGACUAAGGGUUGCAAAGGAGUCAGGUUACAACAUGAUUCACUUCACCCCAUUGCAGACUCUUGGACUUUCCAGGUCAUGCUACUCCCUUGCUGACCAGUUAGAAUUAAAUCCUGACUUUUCAAGACCUCAUAAAAGAUACUCCUGGAAUGAUGUUGGGCAGUUAGUAGAUAAGCUGAAAAAGGAGUGGAAUAUUCUUUGUAUUACAGACGUUGUCUACAAUCAUACUGCUACUAACAGUAAGUGGAUCCAGGAACAUCCAGAAGCUGCUUAUAAUCUUGUGAAUUCUCCACACUUGAAACCUGCCUGGGUCCUAGACAGAGCAUUUUGGCAUUUCUCCUGUGAUGUGGCAGACGGGAAGUACAGAGAAAAAGGAGUCCCUGCUGUGAUUGAGAAUGAUCAACACAUGGAUUGCAUUCGGAAAAUAGUCUGGGAGGACAUUUUCCCAAGGAUUCAGCUCUGGGAGUUUUUCCAGGUAGACGUUCACAAAGCAGUUGAGCAGUUUAGGAGACUUCUCACUCAAGAAAACAGAAGAGUAGCUAAGUCUGAUCCAAAGGAACAUCUGAAAAUUAUUCAGGACCCUGAAUACAGACGGCUGGGCUGUGCUGUCGAUAUGAACAUCGCACUGGCAACUUUUAUACCGCAUGACAACGGGCCGGCUGCCAUCGAAGAGUGCUGUGGUUGGUUCCGAAGGAGACUGGAGGAGUUGAACUCUGAGAAGCACCGUCUCACCAGCUGUCAUCAGGAGCAGGCAGUUAAUUGUCUUUUGGGAAACGUGUUUUAUGAACGACUGGCUGGCCAUGGCCCUAAACUAGGACCCGUCACUAGGAAACAUCCUUUAGUUACCAGGUAUUUUACCUUCCCCUUUGAAGAAAUGGCCUUACCCGCAGAAGAAUCCAUGAUCCACCACCCAGAUAAAGCUUGCUUCCUGAUGGCGCACAAUGGAUGGGUGAUGGGCGAUGAUCCCCUUCGCAAUUUUGCUGAGCCAGGCUCAGACGUUUAUUUAAGGAGAGAACUUAUUUGCUGGGGUGACAGUGUUAAAUUGCGCUAUGGGAAUAAACCAGAGGACUGUCCCUAUCUGUGGGCGCACAUGAAGAAAUACACUGAGAUAACUGCCACUUAUUUCCAGGGAGUGCGCCUUGACAACUGCCACUCCACUCCUCUUCACGUGGCUGAGUACAUGCUGGAUGCUGCUAGAAAAUUACAACCCAAUCUUUAUGUAGUGGCUGAGCUGUUCACAGGAAGUGAAGAGCUGGACAAUAUCUUCGUGACUAGACUGGGCAUCAGCUCCUUAAUAAGAGAGGCAAUGAGUGCAUACAACAGCCAUGAAGAGGGCAGAUUAGUUUACCGAUACGGAGGGGAGCCUGUUGGAUCCUUUGUUCAACCCUGUCUGAGGCCUUUGAUGCCAGCUAUUGCACAUGCCCUGUUCAUGGACAUUACCCACGAUAAUGAGUGCCCGAUUAUGCACCGCUCAGCCUACGAUGCUCUUCCAAGUACCACGGUUGUCUCCAUGGCAUGUUGUGCUAGUGGAAGCACAAGAGGCUAUGAUGAGCUGGUGCCCCAUCAGAUUUCAGUCGUCGCAGAAGAGAGAUUUUACACUAAGUGGAAUCCUGGGGCGUCACCAUCAAAUACAGGAGACGUUAAUGUCCAGAGUGGAAUUAUUGCAGCCAGAUGUGCCAUCAAUAGACUCCAUCAAGAGCUGGGAGCCAAGGGUUUCAUUCAAGUGUAUGUGGACCAGGUGGAUGAAGACAUAGUGGCGGUAACAAGGCACUCGCCAAGCAGCCAUCAGUCGGUCGUAGCUGUGUCCAGGACUGCUUUUAGGAAUCCCAAGACUUCAUUUUACAGCAAAGAAGUGCCCCAGAUGUGCAUCCCUGGCAAAAUUGAAGAAGUAGUUCUUGAAGCUAGAACUAUUGAGAGGAAUACAAAACCUUAUAGAAAAGAUGAGAAUUCAAUCAAUGGAAUGCCAAAUAUAACAGUGGAACUUAAAGAGCAUAUCCAGCUUCAUGAAAGUAAAAUUGUCAAACAAGCUGGAGUUGCCACAAAGGGUCCCAAUGAAUAUAUUCAGGAAAUAGAAUUUGAAAAUCUAUCUCCAGGAAGUGUUAUCAUAUUCAGAGUUAGUCUUGAUCCACAUGCUCAAGUUGCUGUCGGAAUUCUUCGAAAUCACCUGACCCAGUUCAGCCCUCACUUUAAAUCUGGAAGCCUUGCUGUUGGCAACUCAGAUCCUAUAUUAAAAAUCCCCUUCGCUUCCAUUGCCUCUAAAUUGACUUUGGCUGAGCUAAAUCAGGUACUUUACCGAUGUGAAUCAGAAGAACAAGAAGAUGGUGGAGGCUGUUAUGACAUACCAAACUGGUCAUCCCUUAAGUAUGCAGGUCUUCAAGGAUUAAUGUCCGUGUUGGCAGAAAUAAGACCAAAAAAUGACUUGGGGCAUCCAUUCUGUGAAAAUUUGAGGUCUGGAGAUUGGAUGAUUGACUAUGUUAGUGGCCGGCUUAUUUCACGAUCAGGACGUAUUGCUGAAGUUGGUAAAUGGUUGCAGGCUAUGUUCUUCUACCUGAAGCAGAUCCCACGAUACCUUAUCCCCUGUUACUUCGAUGCUAUAUUAAUUGGGGCAUACACCACUCUGCUGGAUGUAGCAUGGAAGCAGAUGUCAAGCUUUGUCCAGAACGGUUCGACCUUCGUGAAGCACCUUUCUCUGGGUUCCGUCCAGAUGUGCGGAGUGGGAAAGUGCCCUUGUCUGCCUCUUCUCUCUCCCUCGCUCCUGGAUGUGCCCUACAGGCUAAAUGAGAUCACAAGGGAGAAGGAGCAGUGCUGUGUCUCCUUGGCUGCAGGCUUGCCCCACUUCUCUUCUGGUCUGUUCCGCUGCUGGGGGAGGGAUACUUUCAUUGCCCUCCGGGGGAUGCUGCUGGUCACUGGACGCUACUUGGAAGCCCGGAAUAUUAUUUUAGCAUUUGCCGGUACUCUGAGGCACGGCCUCAUUCCUAACCUCCUGGGUGAAGGAACUUACGCCAGGUACAACUGUCGGGAUGCUGUGUGGUGGUGGCUGCAGUGCAUUCAGGACUACUGUAAAAUGGUUCCAAAUGGUCUAGACAUCCUCAAGUGUCCAGUUUCUAGAAUGUACCCCACGGACGAUUCUGCACCUUUGCCUGCUGGUACACUGGAUCAGCCAUUGUUUGAAGUAAUACAGGAAGCUAUGCAAAGACACAUGCAGGGCCUUCAGUUCCGAGAGAGGAACGCCGGCCCCCAGAUAGAUCGGAACAUGAAGGAUGAGGGUUUCAAUAUAACUAUAGGGGUUGAUGAAGAAACGGGAUUUGUCUAUGGAGGGAAUCGCUUCAACUGUGGCACGUGGAUGGAUAAGAUGGGAGAAAGCGAGCGAGCUAGGAACAGAGGAGCCCCGGCCACCCCGAGAGACGGAUCUGCUGUGGAAAUUGUUGGCAUGUGCAAAUCUGCUGUUCGUUGGUUGCUGGAAUUGUCCAAGAAAAAUAUUUUCCCUUACCAUGAAGUCAGCGUGAGAAGGCAUGGAAAAGUUGUAACCGUUUCAUAUGAUGAGUGGAACAGAAAAAUACAGAACAACUUUGAAAAGCUGUUCCAUGUUUCUGAAGACCCUUCAGAUCCUAACGAGAAGCAUCCGAAUCUGGUUCACAAGCGUGGCAUCUACAAGGAUAGCUAUGGAGCAUCAAGUCCUUGGUGUGACUAUCAACUCAGGCCUAAUUUUACCAUAGCAAUGGUCGUGGCCCCUGAACUGUUUACUCCUGAAAAAGCUUGGAAAGCUUUGGAAAUUGCAGAAAAAAAAUUGCUUGGUCCCCUUGGCAUGAAAACUUUAGAUCCAGAUGAUAUGGUUUACUGUGGAGUUUAUGAUAAUGCCUUAGACAACGACAACUACAAUCUUGCUAAAGGUUUCAAUUACCACCAAGGACCUGAGUGGCUAUGGCCUAUUGGGUAUUUUCUUCGUGCAAAGUUGUAUUUUUCCAAACUGAUGGGCCCAGAGACUGCUGCGAAGACUGUAGUUUUGGUUAAAAAUGUCCUUUCCAGACAUUAUGUUCAUCUUGAGAGAUCCCCAUGGAAAGGACUUCCGGAACUCACCAAUGAGAAUGGCCAGUACUGUCCUUUCAGUUGUGAGACACAAGCGUGGUCAAUGGCUGCUGUUCUUGAAACCAUCUAUGAUCUAUAGGUGUCUCAUGGAUACUUACUAAGUGUGUGAACACUUGACAUCAUUGAAUGCAAGGUUAUAAUGAAACGUCAGCUCCACUCAUUUUAGAAAUCUCAUUCAUAGCCAGACAGUGGUGGCGCAUGCCUUUAAUCCCAGCACUUGGGAGGCAGAGGCAGAUGGAUCUCUGUGAGUUCCAGGCCAGCCUGGUCUAUACAGCUAGUUCCAGGAUAGCUAGGGCUACACAGAAAAACCCUGUCUUGAAAAACCAAAAACCAAAACAAACAAAAAAACUUAGUGGUUUAUCUUUUUCUUUUUUUGACCUUUUUCUUAAAGAGUAGCAUGUAUGCCACCACCCCUAGUGUGUGCAGCACUGGAGACAACACCUACGGCCUUAUGCUAUAUUAAAUAAGUACUCUGCCAACUGAGCUACAUCCCCAGGCGAUAUAUUUUUUUACAUUCUUUUUAUUUGAAUCAAAGAAAAAAUGAUCAUUUCCCACAGAGGGUGGCUGCUGUUGCAUUCAGAAAGUGUGCUUCAGAGUGGACGAGGAAAAGAGAAGAGCACCGUCUGCAGUUUGUGCAAGUGUGGAAGUGCACACAUGGAGAGGGGCUCUCCAGUCCUGCUGUGUAUUGGCACACUCCAUAGACGGCGCUUCACUAAUGGCCUGGCAUUCGUUACAGCAUUCUUAAUGCUUGCAUAAUGUAAUCAGUGCACAUUAGUAAAUGCUUUAUGAAUGUGGAAUGAUAGUUUUCACCUACAGUAUGUGUUCAUAAAUAGAGCACAGAGCUUCAAAAUGUGCUUUAUUUUUUAUUGAUAAGUUAUGUUUUUAACAUAAUAAAUUAAAGUUAACUAUGGUUAACAUAACCUAUUUGUAUUAAAUUAACUAAAGAUUAAUUGGUUAUAUGAAAGAGCAUUAGGACAUAAACAGUUCUGUAAAAUUAUAGUCAUAACUGGUUCCAAUUUCCCAUCAUGAGAUAGUUUACAUUUUCAAAAUGGAAAUUACUGGGCAUAUUUAUGAAAAUUUUACAGGGGAAAAUUGCCUAGAGAUAAAGCUUAGUGGCAGAGUGCCUGCCUAGCAUGUGUUAAAGCCCUGAGAUCUAUCCUCAAAACCAUCAGGGAAGAGGGAGGGCGGGGAGGGAGAGGAAAAAGAGGAAGGAUUUAAAAUACAGCCAUAUUAGGUUAUCUACAAUAGGGUCAAGACCCACCUCAGGAAAGGUUUAGGGUGCAGUGCUCCUAUUGAGGGUUAUUAGUGAAAGAACAGCACUGUGUUUGGCAUGGUCCAUUUGAAAGUCCCUGAAGGUGUCUUCCGCGUUAUCCCAGCCACAGGAAUUCAAAAGCUGCUUUUACACUAUAGAAGGGUAAUUGUAGAAGGUCCUGCGCUUCAUCCCUGCGGGAUGCUGCAAAGUGUUGUUUUUAUCUGACAUUUCACAAACAGUCUGUGCCUUGGGUUCUCACUUAAUCCAAAUCAAUCUUACUCUCCUCAAUGAAAAGUAAGCUUCUCAGUUUAACCAGUACGCUGUGACAUUCUUAGUGAGUCUUCAGAGAUGACUGAGGAGACGUGAAGCCUGUCAUUCUGAUGAGUGUUGUCACCUGCGGUAAUCAUUACUACUGUGUCUUAAAUGCUCUGUCUGUGAGCAAGUGUUUAUAUGUCUGUGUGACAGAAUAAAAGUCUUUUAUAAAGGA